AUGAUGGCCUCCGCAAUAUCAGAUCGGGCCUGUGGUGUUAUCGGUGGUAAUGACAGGUCUUACAGUGUCAACGGCAAUGGUGGCAGUACCGGCGUCAUCGGAGGGGGUACCGGAGGGGGUAUCGUUGGAGUUAUCGGUGGAAGUACCGGAGGACAUCCUUUCGAACCCUUCUACCCUUUUAGCCAAACCCGGAGCGGUAUUCUCGCAUCUACUCCCCGGGGCAUCUCCCCCGAGACUCACGCCCCUAGUGAAAUCCGCAGCCCACCACCUGGGUUUGAAAACAUUGUCCCUGAGACUUCGCAGUCUCAUUCGAUCCGGAUUAAGAAUAUACCGUCUAGUAUGACCCGUCGUGACAUUUGCAACAUCUUGUUGUUCGCAAAAGACAUCCAAGACGUACGCAUGAUCAGUGAGGGCGCAGUAGCAGUGUUCGGCUCUUAUGAGAGCGCAGUACAGGCACAACAGUGCUUGCAUGGUAAAGCAGUGGACAGCUUCGGAGGUACAAGUGUAUUAUCGGUACAGUUGGUGGACAAGGACAGGGAGCUUAUGGAUUUGGGUCCAUUAUCGCCCGGAUCGUCGCCGACAUCGGAGGGAUUGGGAGGCGGAUACACAACUAGCCAUCCACUGUUUUCGAGGACGGUUGGGGUUGGAGCCAUUGGUAGCAAUGGUGGUACUGGACAUAUGAACGGAAAUAAUGGCGGAAGUAACGGUGUGAUUGGCGGGGGCAAUGCCAACAAUGGGACCGUCGGGGGAACCAGUCAAAAUAUCAUUGGCAGUGGCGUCGGUAGUAUUGGUGGAGGUGUUGGUGAUAACAGCUUCUACGAGCAACAAUCAUUCCUUCAGCAAUUGCCGCCCUACCAUAGACAGGGGGCCGAUUGUGAUGAUGCAGACGAGCGUGGAGCGGCCAUGGGCCCCAGAAACAGAUCCUUGACGAACCCUUUGGCUAUUAACGGGCCUAGUCGUAUGCCGCACCUGCCCCAGCUUUCAACUGCAGGCACGGGCUUUAUGAACACGCCCCACCACAUAACCUCCCCUAUUAACAACAACCUGGUCUCACCGACCCCAUGGUUAUCAAACAGCAGUCACCCCCACCCCCGCAACCUUCCCGCUGCGAACCCUGCAGAUCAGAACCCACCAUGCAAUACGCUCUAUGUUGGCAACCUUCCCGUAAAUACGACAGAAGACGAGCUGAAGAGUUUGUUUAGCCGCCAACGCGGCUACAAGCGCCUCAUGUUGAAGCCCAAGCCCCAGGGGCCGAUGUGUUUCGUCGAAUUUGAAGACAUCGAUUUCGCAACCAAGGCUUUGGCUGACCUCUACGGCCGAAGUCUUUCCAAUAGCGUUAAGGGAGGCAUCCGCCUCAGCUUUUCCAAGAACCCCCUUGGUGUCCGCUCGUCGGGGAACAUCCAUGCACCUACCCCGAUUGGCACUUCUCUAUUGGCUGGUGGUAGUGGUACUACCGGUGGUUCUCAGUUCCCAUUUACGACCGCAGUCCAUAAUCCUCCGGGCUUACCUGCUCCUGCCAACCGUCAGAUGAGUCCCGGUGUCUAUGACCAGGGUCAACCAGGUCAGGGCUUCGGAAUCACUCCGUUUGGUGUUCCUGGGGGAUACUAUUCACACGGAAGGUAA